AUGCUGCUUGACCUGCCAAACGAGCUCCUGCUCGAGGUCAUAUACUACCUCGAUCCAGGCAGCUUUUCCCAGGUCACUCGCGUCUGCAAGGCCCUGCGGUCUGCUGCUCUCGGCACACUCUCACUCAAGCAUCAAUUGGAAAAGGUCCCUGGCAUCAACGACAGACUCUGCGGUAGCGACGCGAAGAAGCUCCACAAGGCCUUCAGGCGCCGUACCGUGAAGAAUCUGUUGCAUGGAGUCGAGGCUCUUGCCGACGUUUCGCGUUUUGCUCUCUCAGAAUCCCUGAAAUAUGGCGCCUUCAUGAACUGUAGCUGCAAGACAGACCACUUGCUGAUGACAACAGUCCACCCCAAAGACGCUGCGAUCGGUGUAUUCAGCAUCAAGUCUCAGUUCCCAAUCCUCAAGUGUAUUCUGUCGCCUACAGCUCUGGACCUUGGACCUGAGGAAGAUAUUCAAUUCGAGGUGCUCAAGAUGGCCUUCUACGACUCGCAUGACCGCUCCGCAACGUGCCAAUGUGUGGACCGGCUCGCUGUGCUUUAUCGUUACCGCCUGAAAGGAGACAGGCGCGGGCCAUUCGUCGAAGCUGCCGCUAAACGGUCCGCAGAGAUUCUGAAACUUGUGACCUGGACAUUCACCAGCUCGUUUGACGCAACUAUUGAGGAAGUGCGCGACAUCCUCACAGGAGGUGUCCUUGAGCCAAGGGCUAUGGCAGUGGCGGACGAUGGCUCUGCAAUAAUCUGUUAUGAUGCCAACUCGGGCUCUCGGUAUCAGGUUCAACUGAUCCAACGACGCCCGGACAGGUAUUACGACCCCCUUCCGCCUACCAGAGCUUAUGACACAAGCUGUAAUGUGAACGGCACUCCUACACCGUGUGAGAUUCAGAUCAUCAAACGCAGGGUGUGGUUCUUCAAUCCUGGGAUACCAACUCCACAGUGCGAAGUGGACGACUACGGCACCGUGACCUCGAUCCAGAUGUCUCACCCACGCUUUUCUUUCAUACCGAGACCCUUCACUGGCCCGUCCUUCGGCUUCCCGCUGGCUGUUCAUCACAAGCAUAGGCUCAAGGACCCUACUGGCGAAGAAUACUGUCUCAACAGCGUUCUCCAGCUGCAUAUACAAGACGAUUCGUGCUCUCCAGGCGCUUAUAUCAUCAAGGGCGUACAUUUUCCGGACGGGUGUCAACAUUACAACCCACUUCAACGAUACUCUAGCCUGGACCAUUUCGCGGUUGCUGAACUUGGUGGCCUUGACAUCGGCGCAAGCAGGAGCUCUUCGCUAGGUCUAAUCAUGGCAGUCUCGCCCCGCAAACGUCACAUUGCUAUUGCCACAUGGAAGCGCGUCCAAGUCUGGGUCGUUCAUCCUGAUGCCUUUUUCGAACGCAAAACACAUUCUAACGGAUGCUUGACGACCCUGAGUGGCUAUACAAGCUCCCAUCGCAACGCAGACCCCAACGUCGGCAACUCGACCGUUGAUCUGGUCGACCGCGCUCAUGUCGAAGAUACAGGCUCGUCGAGCGACAACUCGGAAUCAGAUGCAAGCACUCCGGUCACAAGACACCGCAGCGCUUCAUCGGUUUCAAGCACAACUACAGCUUCUUCCGCAGACACAUCCGCCUCUACGUUCUCCAAUGAUGAUGGCCUGGAUCUGGAUGAAUGGCCGUGGAUUGAUCGUUGUGGUUGGGACUAUUACUCAUGCUAUCCUCGCCGUGAGCUCGAUGAACGUAAAGUCUCACCUGAACAAGAUUCCCCGGAGGGCUGCCAAAUUGUGAGUCUCCAACCAGUUGAAUUGCCAUCUCAGGGCGUAGUGUUGGCCCUGGCGUUCAAUGGCGAAGAUAGUCUAUGGGCGUGGACAGACCGCGGCCCACUCAGGUGGAAGUUUAGUGAAGACUGUGACGCAAGGAGAGAAGAACACGAGACAUAUUGGGAAGUGAAGGAAAUGAAUGUCAAAAUGUAA